AAAGAACUUGGGCAGUUGGGCCGUUCUAGAGAUUGUGUACGUGUGUGCAAUGAAUGAUUCCUGUACCAUGCUUAGAUCCACUUCUUCCUUUUCAAUGCAACCACUGUUCUGUUAGUAUUAUAUGCAGAGGAGAGUAGAUCUACAUAUUAUUGCUUUGUACUUGAACUGCCUGGACCAGAUUGUCAUAUUUUAACCUGAGAAGUCUCCAUUUAAUCCUAAACCAAUUUGAAGAACUUUAAAGGAAAAAGUGAACUUACUACCCAAAGUUGAAGAGCAAAAUCUAAGCACAUGAUGGCGGAAGUCGCAGACGUUAAAAUGGAAGAUAAAGUUGAAGAAAAGUCGCCGGACUCGCCGUACGAUCCUGACGAUACUAUUAACACCACCAUCACAUCUAAUGACACCUCGCUGCCAAACGACACCGUAGCGUCCCCCGCACCACAUACAAAUGGCAUCACCAAUGGAACGACCAAUGGAAAGACAAACGGAUCUACGGUAGCUGCAAAUGACGUGCAUCAUCUGAAACAAUACAAGGCUGGUGAACUGGCUCCUUCAGAAGUCCACUGCACGGUAGAAGGUAGCGGAGCGGUGAAGCUAAGGGAAUGCGAUGCCGAAGUCAACCACCCCCCAAACACGGUCCAUGGACUGUUGCGACGGAUACAGAGGGAAUACCCAGAGAACGUCGCCAUGGCGAUAAAGAGGAACGGAGAUUGGGUGAAAUGGACGUAUAGAGAGUACUGGGACCAGAGCAGGGCUGCAGCAAAGUCAUUUCUCAAGCUUGGACUAGAGAGGUUUCAUGGUGUGGGCAUCAUUGGUUUCAAUUCACCUGAAUGGUUCCUGUCUAGCAUGGGAGCCAUGUUUGCUGGUGGUUUUGGGGUGGGUGUCUACACCACAAACUCUGCCGAGGCGUGCCAGUACGUGGCAGGAAACUGCAAGGCCAACGUGAUCGUGGUGGAGAACUCCAAGCAACUGCAGAAGAUCUUGAAGGUGUGGGACCAGUUGCCCCACCUCAAGGCGGUUGUCCAAUACACCGGUACCCUGGAAGAGAAGAUGGAUAAUGUAUAUGAGUGGGAAGAUUUCAUGAAGCUUGGAUGUUACAUGACAGACGAUGAACUGGAUCGCAUCAUGGAGAGUCAGGCUGCUAACCAGUGCUGUGCGCUCAUCUAUACGUCGGGCACCACAGGCAACCCUAAGGGAGUCAUGAUAAGCCAUGAUAAUUACACCUGGAUUUCUCACCGAUGUCUCUCUCAAGUGGACAUACCCUUUGGCAGUCAUCGGGUAGUGAGUUACCUGCCGCUUAGUCACGUAGCAGCCCAGGUCUUUGAUAUUUACUUCCCUCUGCAUCUUGCUGGCACCACUUACUUUGCCCAACCAGAUGCGCUCAAGGGCUCCCUUGUUGACACGCUAAGGGAAGUCAGGCCGACGAGUUUCCUCGGCGUACCCCGCGUCUGGGAGAAGAUUCACGAGAAGCUACGCUCCGGUGCAUCUGCAAUCACGGGAGUGAAGAAGCGCAUCGGCACAUGGGCCAAAGACAUCGGCUACAGAGGCAACGUAGCCAUAGCAAACAGCUCCAUUAAGUCCAGACGCCCUAACAAAGUACCAAGGCAAACAGUACCCUGGGGAUGGACUGUCGCUAACAUUAUGGUCUUCAGAAAGGUUCGAUUGGCACUGGGACUCGACAAAUGCUUGUACAACUUCUCAGCCGGAGCGCCCCUGUCCAUGGAAACACUGGAGUAUUUCAUGAGUGUGAACAUACCCGUCUAUGACAUCUACGGCAUGAGCGAAAGCACAGGUCCUCACAGUUUCUGCUUACCAGGUAAAUUCAGGAUCGGUAGUUCAGGGUCAACGUUUCCUGGCUCCAAGACCAAGAUCUCAGACCCAGACAGCGACGGUAACGGCGAGGUGUGCUUCUACGGCCGUCAUCUUUUCAUGGGUUAUCUCAACAUGCAAGAGAAGACGGAUGAGGCCCUCGAUGAAGAUGGAUGGUUACAUUCAGGAGACCUGGGAUACAUUGAUGACGAUGGAUUCCUCUUUAUCACAGGCAGGAUUAAAGAAUUAAUCAUCACGGCAGGAGGAGAGAACAUCCCUCCCAUCCCAAUCGAGGACAUCAUCAAGAAAGAAUGCCCCCUCAUCAGUAAUUGUAUGCUGAUCGGAGACAAAAGGAAGUUCCUCUCGAUGCUUGUAACCCUCAAGGUUGUGGUAGACGAGAAGACGGGCGAGGCUACCGACUCAUUGAACAGGGAAGCCCUUCAGAUCCUUAGUGCCCUCGGCAGCCAAGCCAAGACCGUCGCCGAGGCCAAAAAGGACGACUACGUCAAGAAAGAGAUCAAUAGAGCCGUCGCCGAGCACAACAAGACCGCGACCUCCAGGGCGCAGUGUGUACAGAAGUGGUACAUCCUGGAUACGGACUUCACCGUAGCUGGAGGAGAACUUGGUCCCACACUAAAACUGAAGAGACCAGUAGUCAACAAGAUGUACAAAGCCGAGAUCGACGGCCUCUACGAAGACGCAGCGACUCCGAAAGAUUAAACCUACGCUCUCAUAAUAACUUGUUUCUAUGGCAGCCACCUGUAAAUAUUUCCUUGUAAAUACAUAAACUAUACAAUGUUUAAGUGCAUUAUUCCAGAUAGCUUAUAUAUUUUGAAACGUAUUGAUAGCACACUAAUGUAGAUAAGUUGAUUGGUAACCUUUGAAUAAGUGUGCAUAAACUGAAAGUAACUAGAUUUCUUCCAUAUAUUGUUGUUAUUCUGUUUUAAUUUUUUUCUCAAGUCAAAGUAUUUCCUGAUGUUUGAAUGUGCUUGUACAUUGGAAUGAAAUGUAAUACUGAGUUGAAGAUGCAUUUCUGCUGAUCUUAACGGCCUAAAAUCAUUAGCCAAAUCAAGUAUUGUGUUGUACACUGUAAAGAGCAGCACACUUAAUUGUACAGGUAUAUCUGCAAAUGAGUGCAUGGAUGUGCACAGAUAAAUAUAUGUCCUAUAUAAUGCAACAACUUCAUGUAUGUAUUAUUAUAUAAUCACACUUGAUAAGAAUUUUGUUUUGAUAUCAAUUCCUAUUGUAAAAAACUCUGUAUCACUCAUUAAACCUCUGCCAAAUUUGUACAAAUAUAUGUUCAAUUAUUUAUUCAAAUCAUUUUCAUUUCUUGCAGUCUGCUUUUGGUUACCAUGAGUCUGCUGGCUUGUUUGAAUUCUGAUUUUAAAAUAAAUUCAGAUUGUGCAUUGGAGAUGUUAUUAAAUGGAAGAAAAAAACUUGUAUUCAACACCAAAUGUUGGGUAGAAAUUUCUUGCCACCUGUAUGUUUGUUUGUGGUAUAAUAAAAAAGGGUAUUGUGAUUUGCAAUAAUGAUUGGUGCUUGCAAGACUUUGUCUAAAAAAAAAUUUAUUAAAAUUCCAUGGGAUUAAAAAAAAAUGAGCAAAUUAUUAUAAUGGAUCAGCAGAACAUUAAAUGCUUGAUUUGUUGUAUAUGACUAUGGUUAUUUUUUGUUUGCAAAUUUGAUAUUUCAUAAACUUUGUACAGAAUUCUGGCUUUUUAAGUUGUGCUUUGAGUUAUACAUACAAGUUUUGUUUCACUGUGUAUAUACACAUACAUGUACUCUAGGAUAAUUUGAACCACUUAAAAUUUAUUUCUUGUGUAUAUCAAAGUGGCUUUUAAGUUGCUAAGUGAUGACCUACUUUUAGCAGCUUUGCCAAAAUUAAAUCAAAGAUUUUCAUGUUAAAUGCUACCAUAUUGCUGUUUGUAAUAUUUGGAAUCGAAUUCAACCUCUGGGGCCAGUUUCACGAAAGCAUCAUAAGACAAAGUUCUUGGACUUCCCAUAGAAAGUUUCAAUGGGAUGAUCAUCACCUUCCAUUUAUGACAGUUUAGAAAAACUGGCCACUGUAGGCGGUGUCACACAGAGGCCGAAAAUCCGGAUUUUAGUUAUCCUCUUAAUUGCUGUCUGUCAUCAAUUAUCCCAUUAAAAAUCCUCUAACGAAGCAAGAAAAUUCUCCCUUGAAAGGAUUUUUCAAGGGAUUUUUCUGUGUGACACCGCCUUGUGCAAGUACUUUCUGUGUUAUUUACAAUAGAAUCUACAAUGUACAUGUAGCAUGUUAGCAUUCCUGAAUUACGAAGAGUAGUUUAUAGAUUUACAGGUGUAUAACGUGACCAAUAUACAUAUAAUAGCUGCAGAGUAAUUCUUCAUAUCUUGUUGUACAGAGUGUUCAUGCGCUUUGAGUUUAUUACAUGAUGAAUAUUCUAAGCAAUAUGUAUUGUGCAUCUAUUUAAGAAGACACCACGUUUUUGAAAUGUUUAUGAUUAUAAAGUCAUGAAUGAGGUUCUGUACAUAGAUUUGCCUCUAUAUUUGAAACGCCGUUUGAGUAUAUUGUGUUCCAAUUUAUAUGAUGAAUUCAUUUUUUUCUGUGUUGAAUAUAUAAAUGACUUGGCAAAUCACUUCACAUGAUAUUUGGAAUUUUGUAAUAAUAUUUUGGUUUUAAUAGAGCCCCUAAUGCAUUUAAAUCUAUGGUGUCUCUAAGUGCUUGACAGAUAUAUUAAUUAGAGAUUGCUGUUUCAUCGCUGACAAGGAUUUUUUUGUUUUCCUUCUUUUCUAUACUUGCCAGAUAAUUUAGCUUCAUUCUAUUAAAGUUAAGUGACUUGCUUGUCUAAUUUACCUGUGUGUAAGCAAAGCUACAUGUAAUAUUGCUCACAUAGAGGAAUAUACAGUAGGCUUAGGGUUGCACCAUGUGAGAGGGGGGAAGGACUGUCGGUAAUUUUUUCUUUCUUGAGUGUGUGUGUAGUCCUGAGAAGGACUGUUGGUAAUCUUUCUUAAGCUUAUAUCCCACCGUAUAUCUACAUCACCAUGCGAGCCGAUAAAUUUAAGCAACACAUAGAGGAAUGUUCUAGGUUAAUGAGGGCAAGAUCCUUACACAUGCCCUGUACAUUGCCAUCUAAGCUCACUUCAAAAAUUCUUUAUAAAAACAUAUACCUACCCGUACCUACAUGUACUCCCGGUCAGAUUUCAUAAUUUUGAUAUAAUGCGAAAUACUUUCAUCUCAAAACACAAUUUUUUCAAAUCAUUUUCUAUUUCGCAUUUUCUUCAAAAAAAGAUAUUAUAACCCAACAUCUGAUCGAAAUUUUUCAUUUGAUAUUGCAGGAAAAUGACCGAAGAAUUUGUUGAUUAUUAUAAUUUUUUUUGAAAUCCAUUGAUUUUAUUGCUAUUUUGUUUGUGAUCCUAAAUUUGGCAGCACAUCUUCAGAUUUUGCAACAAUAUUCUUUUUAUUCUUUAUUGGAAGAAAAAAGUACAUCUACUUUCAUGAUAUCAUACAUUUAUAUUGAACUCGAUUAGAUAUGCUGCAUUUAUAUAAAUCUGUAAUUAAUUUAUUCAUCGUGCAUUGACAAAAGUGAUACAAUGGCUU